UCUCAGUCUUUUUUCACCACGAAUUCCAAUAUUUUCAUGAUAUUCUCAAUUCAGAAUCUGAGAAGCAGCAGAAAGAACAUCAAAUAGAAAGAGAAGAAAAGAAAGAGAAUAGAACAAAAUUAUUCUCUUUUCCAUCUUGACAACAUUAACCAGUCUUCAUUUUACUCUUUCUCUUGUCACUUGACAUUUUCUCUUUAAUUUGUGUAUUUAAAUUUCCUUUCAAUUUAACUGAUAGAUUAAAGUAAUUAAUCAACAAAUGGAUAAUCGGAAACAAUAAUUAAUCAAAGGAGAUUAAAGUGACCACAAAGAGAACAAAAAAGGUGACCAGUGUUCGCGCUGAAAUAACAAUUGGUGUUACUUUUCUCUUCAUUAUACUCCUCCAUCUUUAUUCAUCAAUAUCUUUCUGGCGAUUGUAAUCCUUUCUCCUUAAAUCGAUUACUAAAUCGACAUUUUCCCAGAAAUGGCCAAAGCAGGACAAGGACAAACAUUAAAUGAUAGGUUAAACGCAGCCCGAUAUGCUCUUGCUGGACAAGGAUUGGCUCGAGUUGUUUGUAAGGCAACAACGGAAGAAAUUAUUGGACCUAAAAAGAAACAUUUAGAUUAUUUACUUCAGUGUACCCACGAACCUAAUGUAUCUAUACCACAAUUAGCAAAUCUCCUGAUCGAGAGGACAAACCAUACUUCUUGGGUUGUCGUUUUUAAAGCUCUCAUAACUGUACAUCAUUUGAUGUGUUAUGGAAAUGAGCGUUUCACUCAGUAUUUGGCCUCUAAUAAUUGUCAAUUUCAGUUAGGUGACUUUCUUGAUAGAAGUAAUCAAAAAGGCUUUGACAUGUCAACUUAUAUCAAAAGAUAUUCCAAGUAUAUCAAUGAUAAAGCUUUAUCAUACCGAACUGUGGCAUUCGAUUUCGCUAAAAUCAAGAGAGGAAAAGAAGAUGGUGUCCUGAGGACUAUGCCUUCAGAAAAGCUUCUUAAAACAUUAUCUGUUCUGCAGAAUCAAGUUGACGCUCUCCUCGAAUUUGAUUGUCCAGUAAAUAACCUGACCAAUGGUGUCAUAAAGGGAGCAUUUAUGCUUCUUUUUAAAGAUCUUAUCAGACUUUUCGCAUGUUACAAUGAUGGAAUAAUCAAUUUGUUGGAAAAAUUUUUCUCCAUGAACAAGAAACAAUGUCGAGAUGCUUUGGAAAUUUAUAAAAAGUUUCUCAUUCGAAUGGAUAAAGUUGGUGAAUUUUUAAAAGUUGCCGAAAACAUUGGCAUCGAUAAAGGUGAAAUUCCAGAUUUAACCAAGGCACCUUCCUCUUUAUUGGAGGCACUCGAGGCACAUUUAGCAACUUUGGAGGGUAAUAAAAAAGGCAAAAGCACCAAAGAUACUACACCUUCUUCCCAAGGAACAACAAACACCAAUAGUAGUACCACUGCUCCUGUAACCUCAUCAAAUCCUGAGCCACCACCACAACAACCACAAACCGAAGGAGCCAAAAACGAAGCGGUUAAAAAACCGGUUGAAGACGAAACUCAGUUAAUAAAUAAAUUGAAACAAACAUCAAUUCAAUCUCAGCCGAAAACUGUUCAAGAUCAACCGAAAUCCUCUACGAAUCCUUUUAAUCCUUUUCUCAGUUCACCAACGGAACCUGAGCCUGAACCAACACCAGCAGCACCAACCAGUGGUAUCCUUUUAGAUUUGUUUGACAGUAUCGAAACACCCGCGACCACUAAUGCUCCCGUUGUGGCCACAAGUAAACCAAGUGAUGAUCUCUUGAUGUUAGCUGACACUGGCACUUCCUUAGACUCAACAGUAAUACAAUCACCUUCAAUGCAACCUUGCAAUUAAGCAUAAAAAUUAGUCAUCCAAUCAAUAAAUAGACGAUUAUCAAAAGCUAACCAAGAUUUUAAUUUUACCAAUAUGGAAAUAAUUCAAUUUAAUUUCAAUCGCAAUACCUUGGAUGGAAUCAACGUAAUCCCAAUGAAUCCAGGAAAAUGCAAUUACAAUUAAAGAGAAAAAAAAAGUUUUGUUUGCAAAGUUGAUCAAAGUGUUCAAAUCUUAACAACAAUUAACUACAUUCCUGCUCUUACUAAGAGAUAUUCCUAAAAUUAACCGUACCAAUGAGAUGAAAAUCGAAACAAAAAACGCAAAUAGAUCAACAAUUAUCUAAUCCUUAUCAUUCAGUCAAUCAACAAUAAUCAUUACUUUUAAUUGCUAUAACCUCAGCUAUGCUAAUUCAAUACUAAUUGAACAUGUAAAUACUUUGACCGUGUUACUUAAUUACUGGACAUUUAAUUUAAUUCAUUUCCUUUUGUUGUUUUAUUGUAGUUUGAAAAAAUUAACUUGUGCGUUUCUGAUUGUGAUUUUAACUUGAAAAUCAAUUGAAAACAGCAAAUAUCAUGAGAAAUUAAUAUAAAAUAAUCUAUUCUGUGAAUAAUUGAACACAU